AUGGGCAAGAAAUUUAAUCAUUCGGAAAUAUUUCCUAAUAACCCAAUGCUCAUGUGUAUAUGCGGUAGUUCCGGUUCUGGGAAAACUCAUCUCACUUUUAACAUGUUGACAACACCAAACCUUUUAGAUUUCGUUUCUCUGUAUAUCUACACAACAACACCAGAGCAAUCGUAUUAUCAAUUCCUCAAAGCUUUGGAAUAUUUACCAAAGAAAGAUGUUCAGGACAUAUUUCAAUAUUACGAAGAAAACGAAGAAGAAGUGGAAAUAAAAGAUAUCAUAGAAAACUUCAUUAAAUCAAAGAAUCCAUCUUUCAAUCCAACGGAUAUAAAAGUUUUCUUACGAAAAAUCAAUCGAAAGAACUUAAUAUUGUUUGACGACUGCGUAGCGCAAAGAAAUCAAACUGUUCAACAAGAAUUCUUCACCAAAGGAAGACAUCACAGCUGUCACUGCAUAUACCAAUCCCAAUCUUUUUACGGGAUGGAUUCUAUGUUCAUUAGAAAAAAUGCAAAUUGUUUUUUAUUAUUUGAAUUAAACGAUAAAGAUUUAUCUCAAAUCAUUCAGUCUAUAAAUCACGGAAUGGACAGAGAUACAUUUAAAAAGGUUUGUAAAGCUCAAUGGAGAAACCCAGAUGAUCAUGGAUAUGUAUUUGUAAAUACUAGAAAACCUGCAGGAGAAAGAGUUAUGAUCGAUAUAUGUUAA